UUUUUACAUUCUAUUGCUAGCAAUCCCUCCUCCAACGUCCAACCACUAGAACCCCAUGUUUUCAACCUCAACCGUGUUUGAACCAAACACUCCAGUAUCUACACUGUACUUGAUUAUUAAUUCAAUUAUCGGGCAUCCAUCAAUUUCAAUGUCACUUGUAAUAAUUAAAUUAUCAAAUUCAACAGUUUUUUCAGUUUUAGACGCUGAAAAUUCAACAAAGAAAACUACACACACUGACACAAACAAACACCAAGCUUGAACCUUCCCUCCCCAUGUUUGAAUUUUGCUCUUUCCCCCAACUAACCUUUAGCCUCCAUUUCCCCGAAAAAUAUCCCCGCGGCGAACUAAACCACUUCAAAUGACCAAAAUGCCCUUCACCUUCGUCAAAUUUCCAUUCCACAUCCUCCUCUUCCUCGUCCUCUCGCUGCCCUCCCCGGUAAUUUCGCAGGACCAGCAAACAACCCUCCUCGGCAUCAAACGACAAUUCGGCGACCCUCCCGCCCUCCGCUCAUGGAAAUCCUCGUCGCCGCCGUGCGCAUGGCCGGAAAUCCGAUGCUCCGGCGGCUUCGUCACGGAGCUCCACCUCGCCGGGAAAAACAUCUCCGCCGUCCAGCUCCCGGCGGCGAUCUGCGACCUCGCGCACCUCGCUCACCUCAACCUCUCCGACAACAACAUCGCCGGCCAGUUCCCGGCGUUCCUCUCCAACUGCUCUAACCUCAAACUCCUCGACCUCUCCCAGAACUACCUCGCUGGUCCCAUCCCAAACGACAUCGCAAAAUUCAAAACGCUAAAUUACCUCGACCUCGGCGGAAACAGCUUCUCCGGCGACAUUCCGGCGGCGAUCGGUGCAGUCUCCGAGCUCCGAACGCUGCUCCUCUACCGCAACGAGUUCAACGGCACGUUCCCCAGCGAAAUCGGAAACCUAACGAAUCUCGAAGUGCUAGGCUUGGCUUAUAACAGCUUCGUUAACCAGACGCCGUUUGAGUUCGGGAACUUGAAGAACCUGAAGACCUUGUGGAUGCCUAUGUGUAACUUAAUCGGGGCGAUACCAGAGAGUUUCGCGAAUCUCAGUAGCCUUGAGUUACUCGACUUGUCGUUUAAUUUUUUAACGGGGAAUAUUCCCAACGGUUUGUUCGCGUUACGGAACUUGCAGUUUCUGUAUUUGUACCAUAACGGUUUAUCGGGUGAAAUUCCGGUUUUACCCCGUUCGGUUCGAGGUUUUAGUUUGAAUGAGAUUGAUUUGGCCAUGAACAAUUUGACCGGUUCGAUUCCGGAGUUUUUUGGAAUGUUGGAGAAUUUGACGAUUUUGCAUCUAUUCUCGAAUCAGUUAACCGGUGAAAUUCCGAAAAGUUUGGGGCUAAACCCAACUCUUACGGACUUUAAGGUUUUUGGGAACAAGUUGAAUGGGACUUUGCCGCCAGAAUUUGGCUUACAUUCGAAGAUUGUGUCUUUUGAAGUAGCGAACAAUCAACUAAGUGGUGGUUUGCCGCAGCAUUUGUGUGAUGGUGGUGUUUUGAAAGGUGUGAUUGCGUUUUCUAACAAUUUGAGUGGCGAGUUGCCACAAUGGAUGGGGAAUUGUGGCUCUUUGAGAACUGUUCAGCUUUACAAUAACAGUUUUUCAGGUGAGUUGCCUUGGGGUUUGUGGGAUUUGGAAAAUUUAACUACCUUGAUGUUGAGUAAUAACUCGUUUUCUGGUGAGUUUCCUAGUGAGCUAGCUUGGAAUUUGUCGAGACUAGAAAUUAGAAACAACUUGUUUUCGGGUAAGAUUUUUUCUUCUGCAGUGAAUUUGGUGGUUUUUGAUGCGAGAAACAACAUGCUUUCCGGUGAAAUUCCAAGGGCUUUGACAGGUCUUUCUAGGCUCAACACUCUCAUGCUUGAUGAAAACCAGCUCUAUGGCAAACUUCCAUCGGAGAUAAUCUCGUGGGGAUCACUCAAUACUCUGAGUCUUUCAAGGAACAAACUCUUUGGUAACAUUCCUGAAACUUUGUGUGAUCUUCGUGACCUUGUUUACUUGGACUUGGCUGAAAACAACAUAUCGGGUGAAAUCCCACCUAAACUUGGUACCUUGAGGCUUGUUUUUCUCAACCUAUCAUCCAAUAAGCUUUCAGGAAGUGUCCCUGAUGAGUUCAACAACCUUGCAUAUGAAAGCAGUUUCUUGAACAACCCUGAUCUUUGUGCUUAUAACCCAAGUCUCAACCUGUCUAGCUGCUUGACCGAAAAGUCCGCCACCCCACAAACCAAAAACUCUAAUUCUUCCAAAUACCUUGUCCUAAUUCUUGUUCUUAUCAUUAUUGUGUUGCUAGCCAGUGCCUUUCUUGUCUUUUAUAAGGUUAGAAAAAACUGUGGGGAAAAGCACUGUGGGGGUGACCUUUCAACUUGGAAGCUCACCUCAUUCCAGAGGCUGAACUUCACUGAAUUCAAUCUCUUCUCUAGUUUGACAGAGGAAAACCUCAUAGGGAGUGGAGGGUUUGGGAAAGUGUACCGCGUGGCCUCGGGUAGGCCAGGUGAGUAUGUUGCUGUGAAGAAGAUAUGGAAUAGUAUGAACCUUGAUGAGAGGCUGGAGAGGGAGUUCAUGGCUGAGGUUGAAAUUCUCGGUAGAAUUCGGCACUCCAAUGUGGUGAAGCUUUUGUGCUGCUUUUCAAGUGAGAAUUCAAAGCUUCUUGUGUAUGAGUACAUGGAGAACCAGAGCUUGGACAAGUGGCUUCAUGGAAGGAACAGAGUUUCAGCAAAUGGGUUGAGUUCACCUAGCAAAAAUUGUUUGCUCCUGAAGUGGCCAACUAGGUUGCGGAUUGCGGUUGGAGCUGCACAAGGGUUGUGUUACAUGCACCAUGACUGUUCUCCUCCUAUUAUCCAUAGAGAUGUGAAAUCUAGCAAUAUAUUGAUGGACUCGGAGUUCAGGGCCAGCAUUGCAGAUUUUGGACUAGCUAGGAUGUUGGUAAAGCCAGGGGAGCCACGUACAAUGUCCAACAUUGCAGGGUCUCUUGGCUACAUUCCACCAGAAUAUGCCUAUACAACAAAGAUUGAUGAAAAAGCUGAUGUAUAUAGUUUUGGGGUAGUACUCCUAGAGCUUGUAACUGGAAAAGAGCCAUAUAGUGGAGGACAGCAUGCAACCAACCUAGUAGAUUGGGCGUGGCAGCACUAUAGGGAAGGGAAGUGCCUCACGGAUGCAUCGGACGAAGAAAUCAUAGAAACAAGUUAUGUGGAAGAGAUGAUCACAGUCUUCAAAUUAGGCCUUGGUUGCACAAGCAGGUUACCCUCAAAUAGGCCUUCCAUGAAAGAGAUUUUGCAAGUUCUUCGCGAGUGUUGUUAUCCUUCAGCUAGUAAUGGACGUAGAAGAGUGGGAAUUGGAUUUGAUAUUGCUCUCCUUCAUGGGGAUACCACUUACGUUUCUAGUUAUAAGGAUAGUAAUAAUAAGGCUAUAAGCGAAAAUGAAGAAAGCUGCUUAUAUAGUGUGUAACUACCAACUGUCUAAUAGGGCUAGUGUUCCAUAUCAAAAAUUGAUCAUUCGAAAAAGUUGGACUAUACAAUAAUGUCUUCAAUCAUAAAUCUUUCUACCCUAAGUUUUUACAGAUGGUAAAUUAAAGGUAGUAAUUUACAGGGGAA